CGAGGGGGAGCGACUUCAGCGUACGCACAGGGCAUGCAAGUCGACCAGCUACUACCGGAAACACGAUGUGACAGCUCAAACUUAUCUCGAUCAAGCCCUUCGGGAAUAUACCGCCUUGUUUUUGCCUCCUGCAAGUCUCGGGAAAAUUCGCUCCCUCCUUGCCAAAAGGAGGGCUUGAUCGGAGGUAGCCUUUUAUAUUCAGAUGACACUUGACCCUGGCCAAAAGGGCGCUGUUGGGAUUAAGAGGUGGGUGAACAGGGUAGUGCAUGAAAGCGCACCUACGAGAGCACACAUGUCAGAAAACACACCAACAAACGGGAGACACAUAGAAGCGCGAGUGUGAAAGCGCCAGAUGCGGGCACAGUUUCAGCACACGCGAGGACAUAUGACAUAUGAGAUCAUGUGAGCACAACAUCACAACAACACAUGAGGACACGCGACCACAUAUGAGGACACAAAUGAGCCGACAGACGCAACAUGGCGGUACAGGUAUAGGUGAUCAUAUCAAUACAUUCAUGAGAACACACAAUCGCAGAUAUUUUACAAGGUUCUGCUAUGAGAUUUGGAGCUCAGCGCCGGUUGAUUUCCUUUCACAUCCAUCCCAAAGGUCGUGUGACCAGCAAUUUCUGUUCAGUUCUAGGAUAUGCCAGCUAUGCUCGUAACUCUCAUCUCCUGGUACGUCGUGGUAUUUUCGCAUAGCAACAUUUAUAGCUUCUUUCUUCAUCACAAUAGAGCUUUUUGGUGCGCGUGUGGUGACUACACCUGAAAACAACAUUGUGUCUUUGUGCCAAUUCGUGCUGAAGCAACGGACGUUUGUUUAGCAGACUGGAGUUGCUAAGCGCAAUGUGUUUUUAUUCAGCAUGCAAGGUCGACUGCCAAUGGAGUGGAACAACUACAGCUACAUCUUCGGGAGUGAAGGAUCCAAUGAAGACCCCACGAUCAAUAGCCUCAUCCAGUUUCGGAAGCGUGCCAUCAGAGGCUCUCAACCUGGAUGCGCGGCUGGGGAUGCUUCAGGACAAAGGAACCGAAGCCAAGUUUGAAGACAUCAAGCGAAGCUUGGAGGAUGCUAAGGCCGCGCGCGAAGAAUUUGCGACAAAAGUGGAACACGUGCAGGAAGCUGUUCAGGUUGAGCUUGAAAGAGAGAUAGCAGAAGACAGGAAAUGGCGUGCGCAGAAGGAGCGAGAGAUGAUUCAGGCCAACCAAGCGGGAAAGGCUUGGAAGGCAAGAUUUUGGCUUGGAAAACUCAUCUUGAACUCGACAACCUUAACCGGAGAGCAGAACAAGACUGUGGAAGAGCUUCUUCAACAGCGCAAGGCACCUAGAGCAGGAGAAUAUCAUCCUGACGAUCGUCCACCGGCGCAAAAGGCAUUUGGGCCAGGAGAACAUCCUCCUGACUAUGCUCCGUCCGGAAGAGAGGCACCUAGACCAGGAGAGCAUCCUCCUGACUAUGCUCCGGCCGAAAAAGAGGCUGAGGAGAAAGAUCCUGCGAAGCCGACAGAAAAACCAAUCGUCCUGAAGCUUGUGGCCGUUAAUGGAUUGGCGUUGCAGCACGCAGCUGAGGAUUUGUGGGAAGACCCAGAGGUUGUGCGAACAAAGGAUGGCUUAGCUCUGGAGUUUGCUGCUGAAGAGCUUCAGCGAGACCCGAGAGUGGAGCAAAAUGCUUUCGCAAAAAAGCACGCUGCCAAAGAGCUACACGCGGAUCGAGAUUUGAAAAAGGAUGACACAGAGGAGCCGCGGGCUGUCAAACAGAGCCGGAAUGCCUCCAAUCAUGCAGCAGCAGAAGAACUGCGGAAUGACAGAGACUUCAUCCUGCAGGUAGUGAAACAGGAUCCCGACGUUUUGCAGCUGGUUUCGGAAGAGCUACAGUGCGACAAAGGUGUGGUUAUUAAAGCUUUAGAAGGAAGCAUACAUGCCUUGCAACAUGCCGCAGAGAAGCUACAGGAUGCGCCGAUUGCCCCAAAGGAAGCAGCCAAGAAGAAAUGAAAGGACACGGUAUUCGCGGUGUCGGCUUGAAGCUUUGCCUAAGACGUGGGUUGAGUUUUUUUGCAAGUUAAGCCGCUGGUCCUUCAAUCUGGAGGUUUUUUCAGGAGCAUCCCAGUUUGCGCCUCCAAGAAUUGAUGGGUUCUGGUUGGUCGUCGGUUGAAUCCAUGAUUGCUGUAAAUGGUGGGUCGCUCACCUAACAGUCAC